GGGCCCGACCGUGUUGCCACAGACACCAAGACAGUUCCUGGCCGGUGUUUAAGGUCUAUCCGGAAGACCUGAUAUAGUACGAGAGAUUUCAACCUAACUUAUUCUCCUCUCAACUCAAACUGAAUAAGAAAAGAAAAGAAAAAUAAAUAAAUAAUUACUCACCCUUCCUUGACCAUGUUGAUGGCUGAAACGAAAAAAAAAAGAAAAUUAAUACAUAUAGAAAGAGAAAUAGUGAAAAAGGAUGCAUAUAUUUUAUUUUAUUGUUUACAUAUUGACUUGAUUUAAUUUUGAGUUGUUGAAACCAAUACCUAAAAUAUAAAAAGAUCAAUCGAAGUCUUACUACCUUCGAAAUGACCUUUAAGAAAAAAAGAAAGAAAAAUUGAAAACUAAUACCUACAUUUUUAGUUUUGAUUGUAUUGUAUUGUAUUGAUAUUGAAUUGAUUAAUUUUGAGUCUUUGAAAGUAACCUAAAAUAUAAAAGGAAAAAGGUUAGAAUAUGAUUCAAAUAAUUGAAUGAUUUUUUAGUUGAACAUCAUUCAUAUUUAUAUACAUUUCAAUACAUUUUUUCUCUCGUUCAAAUAAUAAUUAGUCAAUUUUGAUUGAGGUUGAAUCGAACACAUACAUUGAGAUCAUAAUAAUUAUGGACAAGAAAAAAUAAAUCGUCCGAUCGUCGUCGUUGUUUUAUUUCUUUUUCUCUCACAUUUUAUUUUUCGUAAGAGAGAAUGAGAGAUUAGAAUUGUCAAGAUCACAAUUAAGUGUCAUUUUAUCGAAUGUGAUCAUAAAACAAUAAUACGAUUAAAAACACUUGAAGAAACCUUAUUUAAGAGAGGGUCCAUGAGAUGAUCGAGGAUCGUUCCAAUAUACGAAGCACUCGACAAAAUUUAUUUUUUCGAUUUUUUUUGCUCAUUCGAAACUUCAAUGUCUAAAACUACUAACCCUAAAAUUUUAUGUUCUAAUACCCUUCCUAUGAAAAGUUAGUCAAUACCAACUUUUGGCACUAUCGAGGCUUUUUGUAAAAAAAUAAGAAAAAAUAUUCUAUAAAAGAUGUACUCGCUUCCGUUUCAGCAAAUCAUUGAAAUUUUUCGUGGUAUAUAUGACAAGAUAGAGAAUUGAAAACUGAAUAAAAUGAGCUACAUUGAUAUAAUAUAAUGGCUAACAAUUUAAGUUUUAUAGAGCAAAUAUGAGUCAAGGGGUGGUAUUUCUGAACAGUCUCAAUAAACAGUAUAAUUCGUGUUGUGCUUCAGAACUCAGAGACCCCAGACUGAAUUUUAUAUAUGUUGUGCAGCUUUUUAUUCUCUACAAAAUGGUAAAAAAAUAUUUGAAAAAAAAGUUUCCGCUUGAUGCGAAAAACGGUUUAUACGGUCUAAUUUUUCAUGGUUUUUAAUGGUUUUUCAAAGAAAAAUAAAGAUUUUUAGCGAUUUUUUUGUCAUAGAAUACUACUAGACGAAAACAAAUAUGAUAUUCUGAAUCAGCGUGAAAAACUGCAUCCAACCAUAUAUGUUUCGCCGAAAAUUUUUUCCUGACGAAAAUUCACCUGAGGGGGACCAAGGAGAAACUUUUCUUUUAAAUAUAGCUGUGGGGGACCACAGGUGAAUUUUGGUCAGGAAAAAGUUUUCGGUGAAACAUAUAUGGUUGGAUGCAGUUUUUCACGCUGAUUCAGAAUAUCAUAUUUGUUUUCGUCUAGUAGUAUUCUAUGACAAAAAAAUCGCUAAAAAUCUUUAUUUUUCUUUGAAAAACCAUUAAAAACCAUGAAAAAUUAGACCGUAUAAACCGUUUUUCGCAUCAAGCGGAAACUUUUUUUUCAAAUAUUUUUUUACCAUUUUGUAGAGAAUAAAAAGCUGCACAACAUACAUAAAAUUCAGUCUGGGGUCUCUGAGUUCUGAAGCACAACACGAAUUAUACUGUUUAUUGAGACUGUUCAGAAAUACCACCCCUUGACUCAUAUUUGCUCUAUAAAACUUAAAUUGUUAGCCAUUAUAUUAUAUCAAUGUAGCUCAUUUUAUUCAGUUUUCAAUUCUCUAUCUUGUCAUAUAUACCACGAAAAAUUUCAAUGAUUUGCUGAAACGGAAGCGAGUACAUCUUUUAUAGAAUAUUUUUUCUUAUUUUUUUACAAAAAGCCUCGAUAGUGCCAAAAGUUGGUAUUGACUAACUUUUCAUAGGAAGGGUAUUAGAACAUAAAAUUUUAGGGUUAGUAGUUUUAGACAUUGAAGUUUCGAAUGAGCAAAAAAAAUCGAAAAAAUAAAUUUUAUCGAGUGCCUCGUAUCUAGGCAUGCACCCAAACCGUUUGGGUCACUUCUGCCCAAAUAAGGAAAAAUGCCCUUAUUUACUGAACCAUGCUAUGCAACAGUUUUUCUUCAGUGAAAAACUUAAGUAGGAGGAUGACACUAUAGAAUACCAAAAGAGAGAUUCCGGCAACCUUCUUAGACUAAAUACUAGAGUCAAUCACAAAAUCCAAACCCAAACCCAAACUCAUUGAGUUUGGGUUUGGGGGGUUGUUCAGUUCUCUUUGAAUAUCCCAUUUAAUGAAGCAGCUCAUUUGAUCAUUUUCCAUUUAGUUGUCAAAGGCAGACUUCCUUCAAUAUUAAUGGCGAUACAGUUUAUUGAUACAGUUCAUAGUCAGUGAGAUAAGUUUGAAAUACCCAAACUCUUCUAUUGAGUUUGGGUGCAUGCCUACUCGUAUCCUCGAUGCUGUCGUGGACCCUCUCUUAAUAAAUAAUAAAUAUGAUUGAAAAAUCGAAUAUAAAUAAGUAACUAAAUUUGCAUCUUUUUGUUUUGUUUUACAAAUAGUUUAUUGUAUUUAUUAUUACAGAAAAAUAACGAAUUAUUCUAUUAUAAAUCUAUAUUUUAUUUAGAGUACAUUCAUCAGCACAAUGAUUUAUAUCAUCGAUAUUUUUCAAAAGAUUGAGAAUGAAUUCUUCAGCGAAGAUUUAUCAUAGAAUUCAUCCAAUUUGAAAAAAACAAAAAAAUAUGUUAUGAUAAAUAUUUAGAUGAUCUUAUUUAUUCAAUUUAUUCUCAAAUUUUGGUAAGUAGUAGUAGUGAAAUAUAUUGUUCAGUAAGAAAUUAUCAUACAAAUACAAAAAAAAAGUUUUGUCCACAUUUAAAUGUUUAUUUUAUUUUUUUUGAAAGCAAAAGAAGAAAAUGAUCCAGAUCAAAAUUAUUUAUGAAAUUUCGUCAAUAACAACUACAAAUUAGAAUCAUGUAAACAAACAUUGAAAUGACUCAAAGAUACUAUUUGAAUAAUAUCGACAACAUAAAUGAAUUAUAUCUUUUGCAAAUGAUAAAAUUCUAAUGGAUAUUAUUUAUGAAUGUAUUGUUCAUUCUUAUUUAAUAUCAACAAAGCAAUUGAUUUUGUUGUCACAUUAAUUAUUACAUAUCGAAGAGAGUUAUUCGAAUAAAUAUAUAUGACUUACAUAUAUGGAUAUGUUGCUUAUAGAUUUAUUUGCAGAUAGUAUCCAUUUAACAAAACAAAUUUUAAAAAUCCAUCAUCUCUAUCUAUUUUUAAGAUUAUUAUCGAAUAUGAAUAAUUCAACAUUGUUUUAUUGAUUUACAACAGCGAAUAAUAACAAAUUAUACAAAUUUAAUUAAUAUAUUACUUCAGUUAAAACAAACGAAAUGUACAAAAAUGUAAAUAUCUUAUUAUUCAUCAAUAUUAUUUGAUCUAUUUAGUUUUUUGUUCAUCUUCGACAUCAAACGAUACAUUACAAAAAAAGCUUGGAAUUUUUUUAAUCAAGGAAUGUUAUUAUAAAAUUAUUAAGAAUUACAAAGAAACAUUUAAUAACUAUUAUAGAAAAUAAAAAGAUAGAUAGAUCAUGAAAUUUUCUUUUUUGAAAUUUAUUCAAAUCGGAAAACUAUAUUUAAUGUUUAAUUAAUCAAUGGACACAAACAACUUUAUUUAAUUUAUUUGAAUUAAUCAUCAAUUUUAUCAUGAUUUAAAAGAAAUUAAAAUUAUAUAUAUCUACUAUGAAUAUUAUUUUAAUAAUCAAUUAAAUACAUUAUUAGAUAUAGUUAAUUGAAAAUAAUUUACAAUUAUCAUUUGAAGAAUUCCCUCCUUUGGAUUAUUUCAUCUUCUUAUAAUACCUAAACAAUAUAACUAUAAUUUGAUAUUCAAUAGAACAUAAUUAUAAUAGAGAGAGAUAAAAAAAUUUUCUUGAUAAUUUAUUUAAACUUAAUUGUAAUGAUGAAUUUCAACUAUAUUUCAUAAGUAGCUUAUUUUUUAAUGAAAAGAUUGCUCUUGAAAUUUUCUACAAAUUAAUAUACUUUACUCAACCAAUAUGAUCUUCUCCAUCUUUUUAUUUAUGAAUCAAAUCGAAUGGUAAUAUCAUCAGAUUUGAAUGUAUUAAAUUGAUUAAUUCAUAAAUAAUUUAUUAUUAUUAUUAUGUCUUUUAUAAUUAGGAUUAUUAUGAUUAUGAUUGCAUUAUUUCAUCAAUAUAAUGAUUUAUUACAAUAUCAACAAAUAGAAAUAGAUGAAUAUCCAUUUUAA